AUGGCUAGCAGGCAUUUCAGCAUUCUUUCUCUCUUGCUUUUCAUGGUGGCUUUCCCUUACACAGAAGCCACUGCAGAUGUUCCAAAACAAACAGAAAAGAAAAUAGAGGUGGUGGUGGAAGCUACUGUUUACUGUCAGAGCUGUGAUCACUUUGGAACGUGGUCUUUGAUUGGAGCCAAGCCCAUUCCUUCAGCCAAAGUAAGUGUUACCUGCAAAAGCCACAAUGGUCAUGUCAGCUACUAUAAGGUCUUUGAGACAGACAAAAAUGGUUACCUUUAUGCACCACUAGAAGGGUUCAAGAUGCAGCAUUAUAUUCUUGAUCAUCCCCUCCACUCUUGCUACGUGAAGCCUGUUUGGUCUCCUCUUGAAAGUUGCAGCCUUCUGUCCAAUGUCAAUUAUGGUCUUAAUGGAGCUCCACUUCGUUAUGAGAACAAAAAAUUGCAUGGAAGCAAGUACGAGGCUGUCAUAUAUGCUUCUGGACCCUUGGCUUUCCGUCCCUCUGAUUGCUCACAGACUCACUACUGAUGUCUCAAACAAUUACCCUUGAUCAUGCAUUGAGAUUCACUGGAUCAUGAUUUUAUUGUUGCCUAUUAUUUGUGUCUACAUAGUAUUCAAUCUGAAGAUGUUCCUUUCUUUUCUUUUUAAUUUUUAUUUUUUUGGU